UCCUUUAUGUUUACAUUACAUCAGUAGCAGUACCAUCAUCAUAGUUAUUUGUUUCGUUCGCAUGCCAUCGCAGGUUCGCAGCGCGUUUGCGAGAUUGCAUUUUCUUCUGCAGCUGCGGAUGGCAUGAGCUCUGAACUGAUGAUGGAGCAGCAGCAGCAGCCGCACGAAUUGCAGAACGGCGCCCGGAUCCUCUCCAUCAACGGGCAGACGAUCGUGGUGAACGGGGUCAAGAUGGACAGCGGCGUGUCCGGCGGCCAGUUGUUCAGUGUCCUCGAGCACUGCGUAAGGCAGCCGCAGGAGGAGGAGGAGGAGGCCGCGGUGGUGCAGCAAACAGAGCUGGACGGACCAGAGGGUGGCCUGCUCGUCUACUUCGACGACGAAUCGAGCGAGCUGCAGAGCGUGCAGAUCUCGGCCGACCAAGCGGCCGCCCUGGGCCUGGACGGCAACACCCUGCUGGCCCCCGAGCCGCCCCCACUCACCCUGCAGCAGCAGCAACAGCUGGAGAAGACGCCGCCACCGGCACCACCGCCGUGCAAGCCGGUCACGCUGUCCAUUUUUCUCCCUCAGACCAAGCAGGUGGCGCCUCCACGGCCGCAGCCGGUGCAGAUCGUGCCUAAACUGCCCGCCACCAGCCUGCUUACUGUGCAGCCAGAGACCAGGGUGGUACGCACCGCCAUCGGGCGUGCAGACAAGGUCAUCCCCAGGAUCCUGGCCACGCCGACCGCGGCACCGCCCCUCGUGCCCUUCUCCAAGUCGGUUCUCAAGGCGAAACCAAUCGCCGUGCGACCAGUGGGCUCGAACGAAAACCCAAUCAAGUUGGUGCAGCAUGGGCAAACAUACCACUCGAUGCAACCGCUGAAUCAGGAGCAGCUGAAACAGAUCUCGAGCGUGUUGCAACAGAAGCAGAUUGAGACUGCUCCCAACACCAAAAUUGUCUACAGGGUUGUAAUGCCAGGAGCAGCUGAAAAGGUCGCCACUGCUGAUAAGCCACUGCCGAGGAAACGGGGUCGACCAAGCAAGGUGAAAAAGGCCUCUGACGAUGAGGAAUACAACGAACCAGACAUAACCAAGGGAGAAAAGGAGGAAAGGAAAAAGCUGAUUCCGCGGACGAGGUCAGGUCGGCUGUCGCGGCCGCCACGACACAUGGUGAAAGACUACAAGCGGAUCCACCACCUGGAUUUCGCCGAGCCAGACCUGGACGACUCAGACGGUGGCUACUCUGACUACCAAAUCAGCGACUCGGAGGUGGGCGCGCCGCAAAUAAUCGAUCCGCAAAUGAGCGAGAACAACUCUCCCAACACGCUGGCUGAGGUGCAAAGAGCGCCUAAAAAGUACGACUCAAAGUUCCGGUGUCCAACCUGCGAUAAAAUCUAUUUGGGAACGAAAAGACUGACCCAGCACUUCCAGCAGUACCCUGACCACGGCAGCGUAGACUGCGUCCCAGUACAACUGCCCAGUGCUAAAGAGACCAUGAAAAAGAAGAAGCCGUCAAGACCUCUGAGGAAACCUCCACUGCAAGAGACCAAAAAUAAAAUCAGAAAUAUUCUGUCCAAAUGCGAGCCGCACGAGGUGGCGGAAAUCGCCGGCAGUGUCGUUGCCCAGUCAGUGGACUUGUGGCAUUUGUUACUGCUGAAAGUGGCAGCCAAAGACAACUCAGGUACCAGGACAGAGGCUGUGCUGCGGGAGGUGGACCAGCUGUUAGAAAAAGCAAAACACGCUCUACAGAGUACGGUUCUGAACCACCACCAAACAGAUCAAUUUGCCGACGCCAUAGAAAUCAAUGUUGCGAACAGUGCUGCUGCAACGGCGCUGAACAUCGCGCCAGGCUCGCUGAAAGUGGACCGGCUGGAGGACGCACGGAUCUGCUGGCAGCCGGAGAUAGUGGAGAAGGAGGCGACGCCGCCAGCACUGCCUCCACUGCCGGAGCAAGUGCCUACGGAGCUGAGCUCCCUGGUGGCCGCAACGGUGGGCAGCGACACGGAUAUGCUAGUGGACAGCGUGCCAUCAUUUGAACUGACGGCCGACCUGAAACUGGAUAAGCCGCUGGACGGGACGCUGUUGUCGGACACAAUGGACGAGAUUGUCACCGCUGGGCUCAACAGCCUAGUCGGGGGCAAGGAGGACAUCGAGGGCUUUCCGCCUGCCACCGUCUUUGACGGCCAAACGCUGGACAUGGCCAUCAAGGCUGGCUGGGACAGCCUGGCCGACCACCACGCGCUCGACCAGACCGCCUUGGAUGGCGCGACGCCAGUCGUCGACUUUGACGACAUUAGUGAGGAGUUCAACCGCAAUACACAAGCGCAGUGUUAAUUAAUCAUUUAUUUAAGAUUCUUUUGGACUUUAGUCGAGCAACUGACUGCUCGCCAGCUCUAGUCAACGCGCUUGAGCCAAAUAAAUAUUUUUUCAAUUGUAAA